CAGGAGUAUGUUGCUGCUGUUCUGCUUUGCGUCCUCGCUACAAACGCCUGGUGGACAACAUAUUUCCCGAAGAUCCAAAAGUAAUUUGAUCUACAUCUCCUGAUCCUUCUCUUUGCUGACCCAUUCUGCCCCCUGCUGACCUCCCUAAGGAUGGUCUUGUUAAAGCUGAUAUGGAGAAACUGACAUUCUAUGCUGUGUCUGCUCCAGAGAAGCUGGAUCGAAUAGGUGCCUAUCUGGCAGAAAGACUGAGCAGGGAUGUUGUCAGACAUCGUUCUGGGUAUGUUCUAAUUGCUAUGGAGGCAUUGGACCAACUUCUUAUGGCCUGCCAUUCUCAAAGCAUCAAGCCAUUUGUAGAAAGCUUCCUUCAUAUGGUGGCAAAGCUCCUGGAGUCGGGGGAACCAAAACUUCAAGUUCUUGGAACAAAUUCUUUUGUCAAAUUUGCAAAUAUUGAAGAAGAUACACCAUCUUAUCACAGACGCUAUGACUUCUUUGUAUCUCGAUUCAGUGCCAUGUGUCAUUCCUGUCAUAGUGACCCAGAGAUACGAACAGAAAUCCGAAUUGCUGGAAUAAGAGGUAUUCAAGGUGUGGUUCGCAAGACAGUUAAUGAUGAACUUCGGGCUACCAUUUGGGAACCGCAGCACAUGGAUAAGAUUGUCCCAUCCCUUCUGUUCAACAUGCAGAAGAUAGAAGAAGUUGACAGUCGCAUAGGCCCACCUUCCUCUCCUUCUGUGGCCGACAAAGAAGAGAACCCUGCUGUGCUAGCUGAGAACUGCUUCAGGGAGCUGCUGGGCCGAGCAACUUUCGGGAAUAUGAAUAAUGCUGUUAGGCCAGUUUUUGCGCAUUUGGAUCAUCAUAAACUGUGGGAUCCUAAUGAAUUUGCAGUUCACUGCUUUAAGAUUAUAAUGUAUUCUAUUCAGGCUCAGUAUUCUCACCAUGUGAUCCAGGAGAUUCUAGGACACCUUGAUGCUCGUAAGAAGGAUUCUCCACGAGUAAGAGCAGGUAUCAUUCAGGUUCUGUUAGAGGCUGUCGCCAUUGCUGCUAAAGGUUCCAUAGGGCCAACAGUCCUGGAAGUCUUCAAUACCCUGUUGAAACACCUGCGGUUCAGUGUUGAAUUUGAGGCGAAUGAUUCACAGCAGGGGUCUGUAGGCAGCAUCACCUUAACUUCCAAAGACAAUGAUGAGAAGAUUGUGCAAAAUGCUAUCAUCCAAACAAUAGGUUUUUUUGGAAGUAACCUACCAGAUUAUCAGAGAUCAGAAAUCAUGAUGUUCAUCAUGGGGAAAGUGCCUGUUUUUGGAACAUCCACUCAUACUUUGGAUAUCAGUCAGCUAGGGGAUUUGGGAACCAGGAGGAUUCAGAUAAUGUUGCUGAGGUCUUUGCUUAUGGUAACUUCUGGAUACAAAGCCAAGACAAUUGUUACUGCACUGCCAGGAUCCUUUCUGGACCCCUUGUUAUCACCAUCUCUCAUGGAAGACUAUGAGCUGAGGCAGUUAGUAUUGGAAGUGAUGCAUAACCUCAUUGAUCGCCAUGACAAUAGGGCCAAGCUCCGCGGGAUCAGAAUAAUACCAGAUGUGGCUGACCUGAAGAUAAAAAGAGAAAAAAUUUGUAGACAAGAUACCAGUUUUAUGAAAAAGAAUGGGCAGCAACUAUAUCGGCACAUAUAUUUGGGCUGCAAAGAGGAAGACAACGUUCAGAAGAACUAUGAGCUGCUAUAUACUUCUCUUGCUCUUAUAACUAUUGAACUAGCCAACGAAGAGGUGGUUAUUGACCUCAUUCGAUUAGCCAUUGCUUUACAGGACAGUGCAGUUGUCAAUGAGGACAGCCUUCCAGUGUUCCAUCGCUGUGGGAUCAUGGCACUGGUUGCAGCGUAUCUCAACUUUGUGAGUCAGAUGAUAGCUGUUCCUGCCUUCUGCCAGCAUGUCAGCAAAGUUAUUGAAAUUAGAACUAUGGAAGCCCCCUAUUUUCUACCGGAGCAUAUUUUCAGAGAUAAGUGCAUGCUUCCAAAGUCCUUAGAGAAGCACGACAAAAACUUGUACUUUCUAACCAACAAGAUUGCAGAGUCCCUGGGAGGAAGUGGGUACAGUGUGGAGAGACUAUCUGUCCCAUACGUGCCGCAGGUAACAGAUGAAGAUCGUCUUUCUAGAAGAAAAAGCAUUGUGGACACUGUAUCUAUUCAGGUGGACAUCUUACCCCACAACAUGCCUUCCGAUGACGUGGUUAGCAACACUGAAGAAAUCACCUUUGAAGCACUGAAGAAAGCGAUUGACACCAAUGGAAUGGAAGAACAGGAGAAGGAAAAGAGACGGCUUGUGAUAGAGAAGUUCCAGAAAGCACCUUUUGAAGAAAUAGCAGCACAGUGUGAAUCCAAAGCAAAUUUGCUUCAUGAUAGACUUGCUCAAAUAUUGGAGCUCACCAUACGCCCUCCACCCAGUCCAUCAGGAACACUGACCAUUACUUCUGGGCAUGCCCAAUACCAAUCCGUCCCAGUAUAUGAGAUGAAAUUUCCAGAUCUGUGUGUGUACUAACUGACAGGCAUGUGAGGACUUCAGCACUUUAAAGGAUUUUAAAGCCUAAAAAACAAGGCCAAGAUGGGUUUUCAGUCUUCACAAAAUGCUCGUUACCAGGCGUCCCGAAGGUGUGAUGGUAUUUAGCCUUAACCAGGUGUUGUCAUGCCGCAUUAGAAGUAUGGGAACUGUGAUUUAGAACACUUUUGAUGGUAGAUUUAUGCCACAUUAAUUUGUUCAAGGUUCCUGUUAGCUUUUAAAGUUGAACAUGUAUUACUCUCACAUUAUUCCAUUGUUAAACAGUGUAUUUUACAUUUUUCACAAAUGUGAUUUUGUGUAGAAAAAAAGGAUUUAAAGUGUAUGCAGUGUCUGUUGUAUUUCUUAAACAUUACACAACUGCUUCAAAAUAGAUUGGUUUUCAUUUUGGUUAUCUGCAAAAGUAAAUAUCCUCCUAAUCCUGGGGUUGCAAACUGCCACGUCUUCUGAACCAGGCUGCAGACACACUGCAGUAGAUAUCCCUCUGUCUUCUGUGGUCUUGUGUGGCUGGCCGUCCUCAGCAUGUUGACAGUAGAACGCGUCCACUGAGUACUGUCACCAUCUAGACUCCCACCCAGAGAAUCACCAUUCCUUGCUGGUUCUUAUAAUGCUGUGUCUUCUGCUGAGACUUUGAGCACUGGAGAGGCUUAGUGCUUCUCCUGAGCUCCAGACUGCAGUGUUUUCCAUGUAAUAUGUAUUAAUUUACAGACUGCACUUUGAAAGUAUAGUAGUAUUUUGCUGUGGCUCUGUAAAUCAAAUAAAAUAUAUAUUUACUAUAGAAAAGAAAGACAUUUAAAACAGCUGCCUGUUCACCUAUGUAGUAUCUGAACAUUUCAGUGUCUUUUCCAUGAAUUAAUUUACAUUUUUAUAUUGUGUAUUGUUUUAAAUCUUCAUAGUCAAAAAAUUUCUCCAGUUGAACUUUUUAAUUUGUAAGAUUUGAGCCAAAACUUGUAUGCAUCUCUGUUUAAGAUUAGCUAUAUUGCAUUCAAAAUGGUACGUGUGUUCUAGCCGUGGUCUGUUAGUGUGAGCUGUGUUUUAUUCCAGCCUCUGAGACUGCAGGAGCAGUUGUGCUGAGCAUUUUAAAGAACUCUACCACAUGGUGAAAAUAAACACCCUGUAAUUCUUAGAAAAUUCUUAGGACAGUUUUAUGAAAUCACUUUGUAAAGUUGUACCUUUUCGGAUUCACUUUCUUUUUUUCUUUUUUCUUUUCUUAACAUAAAACAGUAUGCAUAUAAAAAAUUAUAGCUCAGAAUAUUUUUGUUU